AUGCUACGGAUAGGGCUUUCCACGAUCAGAUCUAGCAGUCCGUCUUCCUUUAUGGCAAAAGUCGUAUUCCAGAAGUUGGCCAAUGCAUCUCAAGUGCAGGCAGCAGAAGCAAUCAUGCAUAACGCAGGCGAGGAACACAUAAGAAAAGCAAUAUUACAGAAAGAAAAAGAGUCAAAGAAGGACACCCGUCAUUUAAACACCAAAUCGGCUUGUAUACUGGACAACAAUACUUUAGUUGAGUUGAAGCGGAAGCGUGACGAAAAAGAUGAAGAAGAAAUUAGGAAGAAGCAAAAGAGGCAGGAGGAAAAGGAAAGAAGGGUGAAUGAAUAUAAAAUUCGGGAAUCAGAAAAGGAAAAGGAGAAACAACAGAAAGAAAUAGAGAAGCAACGGAAGAUAGAAGAGAAGUUACGGAUUCAAUUAGAGCGUGGAGCUCAAAGGGAGAGACAGAAGGAAAUCAAAGUUAUGGAAAAGAAUAAGCGGGAGCUUGAAAAGCAAAUGAAAAGACAGAGAGUAUAA